AAAUUCGCAAAAAAACACUCGGCACGGGACUGGCGCCACUAACCAAAGAAAGUCAAUUCUUCACAUGGACCCUCGUCGGGGAGCUGCGGCCUGCGGCCUCUCUCUCGAGAUUCCCUCGGCGGCGGAGCAGUGCGAGCCGGUGCGCGACAUCGAGGGGGGUGUCUCGCCGCUCGUGGCAAGAGAGCAGCGAGACCGUGGCGGCGUUGGAGGGGCCCUCGUCGUUAGUGCCCGCGGCGCGCCCCAGCUGAAGGAGGGCGCGCGAAACGUCGAGGCGAGGGAGGGCUCCUGGGGCGGCGGUGAGGUGCGGUAACCGGUGGGGCGCGGUGGAAUCACUGAGGUCUGAGCGCAUGACGAACGACAACUGCGUCCUGCGCUCUGUGAUCCCUAUCUCCAUCUAGGCCCACUUGCGCCUCCGACGGGGAGGAGGCAGGAAGUCCCCUCCUCUCCGACCACUCGCGCAGCACCGUCGGCGAGAGCUGGCUCAAGUCGACGACAGCGCCGGAGUUGGUUCUCCGGAUGGCGGGUGGUCCGGCGCGGGCAGCGUCUGCCUCGACGGUGAUCCGGCGAGAGGUCUG